CAGUCUGGCAGCUAGUGUGGCAUCACAUCACAUCACAUUGCUGUGCGGGUAUUUGAGGAAGCCUUAACCGGCUGUUGCGGUGUUUUUCUUCUUUUUUUUGCAAUUUAAAGUGGCAUGAUAGUUUGGAGGUUUUUUGUGGCUAAUGGCACAACAAGAGGACUUGGCUUUCAAAAGACUAACUUUUCGAUACCUGAGACAUGACGUUGGCUGCAGUAGCUAGCCCACCUGGAUCUGUCAUGAAGAGACAAAAUUAUUAGCUUGCUCAAAUAUUUAAAUCGCAGGAUAUGAUUCUUUAAUGCGUACACGGAACAUAAACUGCUUCGUCUCUUUAUGAUUUAUGGGCUUUGGCUUUGUUGAUCCUGUGAGCUCAAUCAUUGAUCAUGGCUGGUGGAACAACUGCGGAUCUGGCCCCAGCAGUCGCUGUCAAGAUAUUUUCAGCUGGAACAGCUGGCUGUGUGGCCGACCUGGUCACUUUCCCCCUGGACACAGCCAAAGUUAGACUGCAGAUUCAAGGUGAAUCCAAGCCCUCUUUGGAAGGCCAGAGGCUGAAAUACAGAGGUGUGUUUGGCACCAUCUUCACCAUGGUGAAGACUGAGGGCCCGAGGAGUCUGUACAGUGGACUGGUGGCAGGGCUGCAGAGACAGAUGAGCUUCGCCUCAGUCCGCAUCGGCCUGUACGACACCAUGAAGCAGCUCUACACCAGGGGGUCUGACAAUGCGGGAAUCGGGACCCGGCUGCUGGCUGGCUGCACCACAGGGGCGAUGGCGGUGGCCCUUGCUCAGCCCACUGAUGUGGUGAAAGUCAGGUUCCAGGCUCAGGUCCGCCUGCCUGAGAGCGGCUCUGUGAUGAGGUACAGCAGCACGAUUGAUGCCUACAAGACCAUUGCCAGGGAUGAGGGUGUCAAAGGGCUCUGGAAAGGUUGUCUGCCAAACAUAACUCGUAAUGCCAUCGUAAACUGCUCCGAGCUGGUGACCUAUGACAUCAUCAAAGAGCUCAUCCUGAAGUACGACCUGAUGACAGACAACGUGCCGUGUCACUUCACAGCAGGUUUCGCAGCAGGUUUCUGCACCACUGUUGUAGCAUCUCCGGUGGAUGUGGUAAAAACACGCUUCAUGAAUUCAGUGCCUGGGCAGUACAGCAGUGCUACUAACUGUGCCUUAACCAUGCUGAUUAAAGAGGGACCCGCAUCUUUCUAUAAGGGAUUUAUACCCUCAUUUCUUCGUCUGGGUUCCUGGAACAUUGUGAUGUUUGUGAGCUACGAGCAGAUUAAGAGAGCUGUGAUAAGAUGUCAGCAGUCCUGGAAGUCUCCGCUCUGACCUGUUUGACAGCUGGUUUGGCACCGGAGUGGUUGUAUUGGUGUGGCAAAGCCAGGACUGUCUGUAUCAAGCAGCAUGUGCUUAAGGGAGACAGUGUGGUUGUGGCUGCUGCUGCUGCUGCUGCUGCUCCGGACCUGUUCUUCCUCAGGGAUAAAACUGCAUGUGCAUCUUUUUUAAGAGGCCGCACUCAAAAAAACAAAAAACAAACAAACUGCAGGGAUGAUUAAUGUGGACUUUUGCUGACUUGCGCACAGAAGGCCUUUUUCACAGAAGACAUUUUGACAUGUCACAGUAUGAAAAGCACAGGUGUAAACAAUAAAAUUAAUGGUGGCUGAAUUCCAUUUAGCUAGUUUCAGGGUCCUGGUAUUGAACAGAGCCAUCGUUAAUGUUAGUAACUCCUGUGCUUUUCCUACUAUGACAAGUCAAAAUGUCUGCUGAGAAAAAGGCCUAUUUACAGAGUAAAUUGUCUUGGUUGGAUUUUGUAUUUCACGUCUGGUGUUUAUGAUCUUGUGAAAAAAUGCAGUCUUUCAUAUGAAUUGUUAGGAAUUAUGCUUGCGGUUAUUUUCAUUAUGGAUUAAUCGACUGGGUUUUUUUGUUUUGUUUUUUACAAUAAAUCAGUUUUGUCUGACAAACACUCCAAAACACCAAAAUAUUAAAUUUAUUUUAAUUUAUUAUUAAUCUCCUAAGACUGGAACUGGGGAAUAUUUGAUAGUCGAUUUUCUGUCAAAGUUGAUUAAUCAUCUUAUCUUUUCAGCACUGUUAGGAAUGAGCCAAAGUUAUGUCCUCUAUACUGCCAAAGUGAAUUUUUGGUUAGGGAUAGAAAUGACCAUUUUCAUGCUAAAAAUACCAUAAAUGUAUUUAAUACUUUGCAAUCUAUGCAUAGCAUUAAAUACACAUUAUUUAGAUUAUGGAAAGUCUAUAUAAUAUGUAAUAAUAAGUGCAUUGGUGAAUCAUACAAUUAAAACAGGACACUGGACCCUACAAGACAUAAUCCACAAAUAAAAUACAGUAUGCAUGGAAUAAACCAAAAGUAUUCAUUA